AUGGGUGGAAACCCUAAUUGGUGGACAACUUCUUUAGCUGAACAGCCUCAGACAUGGAGCCAAUUUGUCAUAGGCGAAGAACAUAGGGUUUUCAACCAAACCCAGAUGACUCAUUAUCAUCCAACAAAGUUGGAGAAUUUCCAACACCAAAUCUUCAACAACAAUCCAAACUUUGCUCACUUUUCAUGUAAUACUAACAACCCACAUCACGGGAGCAACCGUGUCGUCUCCGGCGGUGGCAGUGGCGCCCCCGACCCCGACCGCUCGUUGGAGUCGAAUCGCUCCGCUGUCGUCGGCGGUGGCGCGUGUAAGAAAGCUAGGGUUCAUCCGCCAUCUUCAACCCAACCACCUUUAAAGGUGAGGAAGGAGAAGCUCGUAGAUCGAAUUACAGCUCUUCACCAAAUCGUCUCUCCAUUCGGAAAGACUGAUACUGCCUCGGUGCUGUCAGAAGCUAUUGGGUAUAUCAGAUUUCUUCAGGGACAAAUUGAGGCUCUUAGUUACCCUUAUCAGCGAAGUGCUCCAAAAGAGCUCACGAAUUCACAGCCUCUGGGAGAUGAAAGGAAAAGGCAAGAGAAGCCAUUGAAGGAGCUGAGGAGUAGAGGGCUUUGUUUGGUACCACUCUCAUGCACACACCUAGUUGGAGCUGGUACCACUUAUGGAACUGGCUUUUGA